UUUGACUUACCUCUGCUUGCUGCUGUUUUCUGACGUUUCCCUCUCUUUCAUCUUCUUUCCCCGCCCCUGUACUCGUUGAUCGUGUAGUGUUAUGGCGGUUUUGCCUUCCAUGUUGGUAGCAUAUGUUCAUUGGCUAAUUAUUGAGGAGCUGUGUUUAUGCAGAUUGGGAAGAAGCGGCGAGAAUUUCUCCCUGGAGGGCAAUCCUCUGCAUUCUAUGAGUACACGUGACUUUCCAGAGUAUUCCAGUUGAAAAGUCAACAGAUAGGAUCAAGGACCUAAAUUGCAUUGAUAUACAUAUAGAACGUAUUGCUGAAUCCUACUUAAAUCUCCAUAACACCACAAAAUGUCUUUACAAGGAAGUAACACUUCCAAGUAAUUGUGUUUACUUCCAAGUAAUUGUGUUUAGGCUCCUUAUGCCAGUGAGAACCAUUGGCAUGUAAGUUAUAUUUUAGUUCAUCUGUCAUUUUUUGAAAGGCAUAGAAUUCCUUCUUAUAUGCUCCUCCCUUAAUUAUGUAACACAGGGGAGGCAAGAUUCAAAACUGCUGUAGAUUAUGUUGUCACUGUUUGUCUACAAGGCAAUACUAAUCCCAGAUAACCUCCAGUGUUGGGGAAAAAAGCACAAAUAAAUGCAUCCCUUAUUUUAAGCCUUAUGACUGUUCUUAAUCAACCACUGCUAUAGAACAUGUGUGAUGUGUACAGUACUUGACAUGUUGUAUUUUAAAUUGAUAGCAAUUGUUUAUAAAACAUAAAAUCAAGAUUCACUUUAAAUUAUUUUACUAUAUUAAUUUAUUAUCACUACAUUUUUGUAUAGAACUAAAUGUACACUCCCCCAGCCUAACAUUUUAGAAUUUCAGAUAAUGUUAAAUUUAGCUAAGGAUGAUACAAGAAGAAAACAAUAUUACUAGUGCUUUUGGGAUUGGGGGAUUUUGUAGUUGUUUUUUAUUGUUGUGAGAGAACUCUGAAGGUGGCAGUAUCUAUUUUCUAGAGAGCAAUCUUGCACUGGAUUAUUACCAAUUGACUUAAAUGGAUUUGUUCUGGAUUGUCGCAUCACUCUAAGAUGGGCUGAACGUGUAUCAAAUUUUAGCCUUUUAGCUUGUCUGGGAGAUUAAGUAUAUCCAGCAAACGUAAGUAGUAGCACAUAAUCUAUAAGUGUAUACCUACCUGAAAAUGACUUUAAGACAACCUUGUUGAUAAGCCCACAAAAUGUACUAACCUCACCUCCAUUUUUUUUUUUACUGGGCUGACAGGAAAAAACAGCUAAGUUCUUUCUCCAGCAGUUCUUUACAUUUCUGUGCUAAGUGUAGAAAAGGGGGUCCCCUCUUCUGCCAGCUUGCUUGCUUUCUAUGCAGAUGAUGGCUGAGUGCUCCAUCCAUAGGCCUGCCCGCUCAUUCACCUGCAUGUAAUUCCUUGUCACUUAAGGCUUUCACGCAAAUGAUUUUUGAGGAUGCAUUUAACCUCUUACCACAAAUAUUAAACCCUAAUCAUGUAACUUUCUGGAAUUACGAUUACAGAAUGAUGAACAUGAAGGAAAAAUCGUCAGAACUGUGAAAUAUUUGGAGACGUUUCAUUCCAUAAUGGAGAACCAAGCAGUUGUGCUAGGAAACCAGGAUGGUGGAAUGGCAUCAGGUACAGCACCUGCGCUUUACGUGCUUGUGAAACAGCCACAGAGCACUGGAAAAGCUGACCAGGGAGCCUUAGCUUCAAAUCAAGAUGGCUGUGGUCUUGCUAGCAGUGCAGCAGCACCAAUAAAAUCUAAAGUGAAGAACACUCUGCCAGCAGAUUUUACCUCAGGAAGCAUUACUGUAACCCUGGACAACAACAAUAUGUGGAAUGAGUUCUACUAUCGUAGCACAGAAAUGAUUCUGACUAAGCAGGGAAGACGGAUGUUUCCAUACUGUCGAUACUGGAUAACGGGCUUAGACUCCAAACUGAAGUAUAUCCUAGUGAUGGAUAUUUCUCCUGUUGACAAUUUACGCUAUAAAUGGAAUGGCCAGGGUUGGGAGCCCAGUGGGAAAGCAGAACCCCAUGUGCUGGGAAGAGUAUUCAUUCACCCAGAAUCGCCAUCAACUGGUCGUUACUGGAUGCACCAGCCAGUCUCUUUCUACAAACUCAAACUUACCAAUAAUACCUUGGACCAGGAAGGACAUAUCAUUCUGCACUCUAUGCACCGCUAUCUACCUCGACUACACUUGGUGCCUGCUGACAAAGCCACAGAGGUUAUUCAGCUAAAUGGUCCUGAUGUCCAUACCUUCACUUUCCCCCAGACAGAGUUCUUUGCUGUGACUGCCUAUCAAAACAUACAAAUUACACAAUUAAAAAUAGACUACAAUCCAUUUGCAAAAGGGUUCAGAGAUGAUGGCCUGAGCAGUAGACUUCAACGUGAUGUGAAGCAAAAUGGUAGCUCAGACCAGGAAGGAGGUAGUGUUAAUAGUUCUCCCAGCAAUCACAGACAUCUCACCGAAGGUGACCUUUCUGAUCCAGGGCAGAGGGACAAAGAGCCAUCAUUUAGUGGAAUGUGUAACACAGAUUUGGAUAGAGACUGUGUCAGUCCUUAUCAUGAUUUUCUGGGUUUUAUGGAGACAGAUAUGCAUAUGUGUGAUAGUCCGGUAUUAAAGCAAGAAUCACCUGAAAGUCCAGUAGCUAGUCCUUUUCAAAACAGCUCUCAUGUGGCAUCCUCACUGAACUCAAAUGGAAGCAUCAAUGUUGUUGUGAAAGAGGAACCAGCAGAUGACUAUGAUUACAGGCCAAGUAUGUCUAUGGAAGGGAUAGAUGUGAAGCGGGAAGAAGCAGAAAACAUGGCAGAAGAAUAUUCACAUAGACAUGACUCCAUCCUGGAGAAGCAGCUAAAGGAACACAAUGAAGUGGGCAAAAAGGAAAUAGAAAUUGAAUCCUACAAGAGACCACCAACAAGCCAGUUGGGUGUUGCCAAAGCAAAAAUGUUAAAAUUGGAUAGUGGGAAGAUGCCUGUAGUCUACCUAGAACCCUGUUCAAUCACCAGGGAUACAGUAAAGUUCUCUGCUCUUUCACAGGCCAUGUCACCCUGUAAGAGCACAAAAUCUCCUUUGAGUCAUUCAUCAGAAUCUCUGCCUACUUGUUUUGAAAAUAACAGUAUAUCUAGCCCUUUUAUGGCCUUGGAAACAGAAGACACACAAACUGGAAAACAGAUGUCCGAAAAUAAUGUGCCACACAGAUCUACAGUAAGAGAUGUGCUAUGGGAAAAUGCUGAAACAGAUAACAGCCUCACUAUAAUAAAGAAAGUAUCUAGCUGUAGUCUGAAGGCCACUGCUUACAGUGGCCCUUCUUUAGCUAAAGAUACCUUAGGGGGAGGGAAAACAAAUGCAUUAAAAUACCAUGUUUCCCGCAACCUUAUUGUUGGUAAUCCAAAAGUUGGGUUGUCUGGUCCACGUAAAAGAGGAAGACCACGGAAAAUAAAGUCAUCUGAAGUUGGGAGACCACCUAAAUACGCUGGAAAGUCAGUUACAACAAGUACUUAUGCCUCUUUGGGACCUGGCAGUAUCCAUUUGGACGUUAAGCCUGAUCUUGAAGAUGUGGAUGGAAUGCUCUUUGUAUCCUUUGCAUCCAAGGAAGCUCUGGAUAUCCAUACUGUUGAUAGAUCUGAAGAAAAAGAAAAAUUGCAGAAUAGUCAGAUUCCUUCUCUGGCUAUAUGUGAAAGUGAAGAAUUGCAGAAAAUACAGACUUCUCUGUCUACAUUUAUUGAUCCAGAGAGUCAGAGGAUACAACAGCUGGAAAAAGAGUUGUUGGAAGAGUUGAAGUCUUAUAAGUACAAGCAAGUGAUACAUCCUAGUCUUCGGGAAGUAGGUCUAAAGCUGAACUUUGUGGACCCAACAAUGAGCAUUGAUUUAAAAUAUUUGGGUGUUCAGCUACCACUAAGUUAUUCAGAUGACUACAUAUUGUGGAAAAACUUAAGGACUAAUUCCAGUUCUGAUACUGGACUUCCCUUUGUUUCCAGGACUGGGAAGACAAAUGACUUCACAAAGAUAAAAGGAUGGCGAGAGAAGUUACAUAGUUCUUCCAAAAAUGAAGGUAGCAUUUUAGAAGGCUCCUUGAAGAACCGAUCUGCUUUCUGCAGUGACAAGCUUGAUGAAUACUUGGAAAAUGAAGGAAAGUUAAUGAAAACAAGCAUGGAAUUCUCUCCUAGCACAUCCAGUUGUCCUGUGGUUUACCAGCUUCCAACUAAAAGCACCAGUUAUGUACGGACACUAGAUAGUGUUCUGAAAAAGCAAUCCACCAUUACCACUUCCAGCUCUUAUACUUUCAAGCCUCUUUCUCUGCCUUCUGUCUCUAGAAAGAAGAGAGAGAAAAUUAAGAAUAAAAAGCAAGCAAUCAUUAGAGGCAAAGAAAAAUCACACCAGAAGCCUAUAAUAGCUUUACCUGUUGUAACAAAACAGAAAUGCAACUUACCAGUCUUGGAAGAGAAAGUUACUAAGUCUCAGCCAAGUGGUCAAGCAGCUGAGACAGAUGCUGUCAUGGCACCAGGCAUAGAAGAAAAUGUGCAAGGGAAACACAUCACUGUGCAUCAUACACAGCAGCAACAACAAAGUAGUCGCUUGCCAAGUUUAUCAAAAACUCAGUUGAAGCUGAUGGAUUUGGAGGAUUGUGCAUUGUGGGAUGGUAAGCCACGGACUUAUAUUACUGAAGAGCGAGCAGACUUAUCUCUGACUACUUUACUCACUGCUCAGGCUUCACUAAAAAACAAACCUAUCUACAAAAUAAUUAAAAGGCGAGCACCACCAUGCAACAAUGACUUUUGCCGGCUUGGGUGUAUCUGUUCUAGUUUAGCUCUUGAGAAACGUCGGCCUACUCAUUGCUGCAAGCCAGACUGCAUGUUUGGCUGUGCUUGCCUAAAGAGAAAGGUAGUCCUCGUUAAAGGACGUUCCAAGCACAAGAACAUCCUGGAGAAGCCUCUGCAUGGAAGGCAUACAUUGUAUUGUGCAAAAGAAGUAAAGCAACAGGAAGAGGUGAUAGAAAAAGAAGAGGAAAAAGAGAAAGUGAAAUUAAAAGAUAAGAAGAAGAAGAAAAAGAUGGAAUAUACCAUAUGUGGUACAGAACCAGAAAAGCCUGUUAAGAACUUUCCAUUGUGGGUAAAAGAUGGAGAGAUGGAUCCAGAACCCAUUUACAUCCCAACACCAUCAGCUGUUGAACCCACAGAAGCUAUGCCACCCAUCCCAGAGGUCUUGUCAUCUGAUAACAAGCCUGCAUCUGGUGAAAUAAAGCCUCCAACCAGUGGAGUCAAACCUGUGCGUGUUUAUACACCUAGACCCAAUCCAGUGAUUCGAGAAGAAGAUAAGGACCCUGUCUAUUUAUAUUUUGAAAGCAUGAUGACUUGUGCUCGUGUUCGAAUAUAUGAACGUAAAAAACAGGAGAAAAGACAGCAGCAGAGGUGCCCCUGGAAUUCUGAAAAACACAUUGAAAAGUCUUUUCCCCUGGAGCAUGAUCUUGAGUCCCAACCCUUUAAAAUGGAAGAUGAUAAAGAGCCUGGAGAUAAAAGCUGGUGGUUUUCCUGUAGCGCUGGGGAUCCAUCCACUUCUUAUGUACAUCAUACUACUCCAGGUGGAACAACCAAACUAAUUGAGAUUGUUUCUGAUUGCAACUGGGAGGAGGAUCGCAAUGAGAUCUUGAACAUCCUGUCACAGCAUGUCAAGAGUAAGAUGCCCAAGUCCAUCAAAGUAGGAAAUUUUGUCAUUGAACUAGAAUCUGAAACCAAAACCUGGGAUGAGAAGAACACUCCCAUCUAUUCCUCCCGGGUGAAAAUCUCCAUGCUAUCCUGUCAAAACAAGGGUGAAAAGGCAAAUCUCUGUAUUUUGGAGGAUUCUAAUAAUGGAUUAUCACCAUGCAAAAGGACAGAAAAAAUCACAUUCUUAACAGCUGGCAUGUUACGGGAGCAGAGGAAGAAAGGCUUACCUUUUUAUGCUGGGCUUUCCCCUGCAGGAAAGCUAAUGGCCUACACUUUCAAAUCUGAUUUAAAUCCCUCAUCCUUGAUUCAGGUUAAUGGUAAAAAUUAUCCUCAAGCUAAACUGCUUUUGGGCCAAAUGGGAGCAUUACAUCCAGCCAAUCGACUAGCUGCCUAUAUCACAGGCAGGCUACGACCAACAAUGCUUGACCUCUCAACAGUCAGUACUGUGAUCUCCAAAGUAGCAUCCAAUGUUGGGCUUGCUGCUUCUGAGCCACAGUCAACUAAAGUGCCCACAACAGAAACUUCCAAAGCACCACUUUCCAGUAACACUACAUCAGCUUCUACUGCAACGUCACCAAAUGCUCAUGCUUCAGCACAAAGGCAGAUAGCUGCUCGGCCAUUACUACAUAGUGUGGCCUCUCAGUUGGUUAUAAGUGCUGUUGGGGCUCUACAUCAGAAGAUUCCUGGAACAAGAACAUCCCAACCUUUGACAGGACCACAGAAAUUUAAUAUCAAAUCUACACCACUCUCUGCUGGGACAACAACAGUUGCUUCUGCUAGUACUGUGGCAUCACUUGCUGUAACUGCAUCUAACUCUUCACCAUGUAAUAAAGCUGUCUAUUCCUCUGGCGCUGCUAUAGCAAAUGCUGUUGGAAAACCUGAAAAUAGGACUGUAUCAACUACAGCUACUAGGGCUCCAGUUAAAAUAGCAAAAUCACCUGGAAUUGCUACAUCAAUUGCAAACAUCACUUUUGUUAAGUCUGGAGUAGGCACAUCACCAGUCAGUGUUCCAGUUUGUACAACAUCUCUGUCUACAGUCUUAACCACAACUGCAUCGAUGGCCACAGUGACCGCACCAAUGUCGUCAAUCAGCUGUGUUGCUCCUGGACCUUCAGGAGUUCCCAAAAGUCCUUUCUCAAAUCAAAAACCAGGUACUACAAGUCCUCCGGGAUUGUCUCCUGGAGCAGAGAAACGUAUGGGACCACAGCUGCUUUUGAUUCCAGUACAUCAAGGUUCUCCUACUUUGCGACCUCAGCAAAACAUGCAAGUUGCCCAGGGGAAAAGAAUGAUUUUGCAGCCUCUAAGGAAUCCUGGUGGUGUGAAUCUCUACCGACAUCCUAAUGGGCAGAUUAUCCAGCUUGUUCCCCUGCAUCAACUCCAACCUGCAGGACCUCAGCCCAAUUUAUCACCUGUAAUAUUCCGUAAUCCAGGAUCCGUUGUAGGAAUCCGGUUGCCAAGCCCUUCUAAACCUCCUGAGGUAUCUGUAGGUCAGUCCUCUGUGGUUCCAUCAGUGACCCCAACCACAAUGGCUACUUCAGUUCUGUCUGCAACUCCUACAUUGUCUGGCCCUGCAACCACAAAGGCCACUUCUGUUUUGCCUGGUACCUCAACUACAGCAGCUGUUUCAGUAUUAUCUGGAAUCCCAACCAUCCAGGCCCCUUUAGUGUUAUCUGUGCCUCCCAUUUUGUCCACACCUUCUGCCCCUGAAGCACCUUCAGUUUUGUCUGUGUCUCCUACUGCUGGAGUUCCUUUAGGGUUGUCUGUAGCCCCAUCUGUUACACCUAUGCCCCCUGUUGCUGAAGCUUCUUCAGUUUUGCCUGUGCCCUCUAUUGCUGAGGCCCUUUCUGCUUUGCCCAUGCCCCCUUUCACCACAGCUACUUCAGUGUUACCCAGAACCCCUACCACUGAGGCCCUUUCAAUGUUAUCUGUGUCCCCUUCUGUUUCAUUCACAUCCUCUGUCACUGAAGCUCCUUCAAUUUUGCAUGAAACCUCUUCUACUAUGCCCAUGUCCCCUACCACCACAGCUACUUCACUGUUACCCAGAAUCUCUACUAAUGAGGCUCCUUUAAUGUUAUCUGCACCCCCUUCUGUUGUGUCUACAUCAUCUGCCAUUGAAGUUCCUGCCACUGGUGCUUCUUUGAGGUUGUCCAUGUCUCCUACUUCUGCCAUGCUUCCUGCUGCUGAGGCCCCUUCUGCUUCAACUGUGGCUCCACCUAUAAACCAGACAUUGCAGGUGAUUGGAUCUGUGCCUGCACUUCCUAUUUCAUCUGCUCAGUCAGUGCCUGACAUUCCUGCAGUACCUGUUCCUGUUCCACAGACUGGCAGUUUGACUUUGAGAAUUUCUCCUUCAGGGGUGACUCAGACAACUCCAGUUUCUAAAAUAAUAUCCAAUACCAGUGGGCAACAAAAUAAUGCAGAUAAUCUAUUAUCUCUUCAGUCUGGCAGUUUUGCCUUGCUACAGUUUCCAGAGCAGAAGAAUGUUCCAAGUUCCAUUUUGAAACAAGUUGUAUCCCUUGAGGUAAAGAACACAUCUCGGAAAGAUGAGUUCAGUGCAGUUAAGCCAGAAGUAAAGAUGGCAUACUUACAAGAGGUGGAGGCUAUGGAGUCGGAAAUCAUAAUGUCGAUUUCCAAACCAGAAGAAAAUAAGUUGCCAGAAAAUCAUUUAGAGCCCUCUUAUGAAGAGAUCACAUGUGGCGAGAAUGCUGUUACAUCAGAGAUAACCAAGGAGGAUGCAGAAAUCUUGGAAGAAUUAUCAAAUGAUAACCCCGUCCUUGAGCCUGAGAUAACAUCAUCUGACCACUCCUUCAUUAGUGGGAAAAUAAAGUGUGGGGAAGAUGAAGUGAUGGAAGAUGCCCCAAACGAAGUUUCAUACAGUUCUGUGCCUGUUCCUGAGAAUUGUAGUCAAACUGCAGUCCUCACACAUAAUACAUUAAAAGAGCAGAAAGUCACACAGUUACAAAACUUAAAUGACGACCAAACAUACUCUGAACAAACACAAAGUCCAGCUACUGAUUCAGGAAUCGAACAUAAACAGUUAAAAAUAGAUGAGGAAAUGAUUAUUGAACAGUUUCAGAAACCUUGGAAUAAACACAAGGUACACACCAGUUGUACAGAGAAAAAAAUGAAAUCAUUUCCGAGUACCUGGGAAAAUGAAGAUCAGAAACUACUAGGGCAGAACUGGAAGGAAAGGGUUCACACUGUGACAACAGAGAUGGAUAGAGAAGAAGGAAACAAAUACAUGAAUAGUGCUCUAGAAUUAUCAUCUAAAAGAAAUACUAGUUUCCACAGAGAUAAUUUAACUUUAAAAGAUGACCUUGUUCCAGUUAGUAAAAUAUCCAGGCAAUCAGAUGCUUUGGAAAACAAAAAUACCAUGGGUGCUGAUGCGCUUGUGGAGAAAUUUGCUAAAUAUGAAGAACAGAAUAUCCUGAAAACCAGCUAUCAUAGAAAGGAUUCUCUGCCCAUUAUUGAUAUUACCAUGGAUGAUACAGAAAAAGAUGAAAAAACCGAUGAUUCUGCAGAUGAGAUAGUUGAUGAAGCAUCUGGCUAUCAAAGUGAAGAUAUAGUGAAUAUUGAAACACUGAAUGAAAGUGAAUCCAGUGAAGCAGAGGAUAAUGUGGACAUUGAGACUGUGGAGGAACUUACAGAGAAAAUUAAUAUUGCUCGCCUGAAAGCUACAGCUGCCCAUGUCCUAUUGUCCAAACAAUUGCACCUAGUCCAUGACCAUUCUAGUAAGAAGAUCGCCAAGACUCCAAAGCAAUCUGAAAUCUCAAACAGAAAGUCAAAGAAUGAGGAAGAAGCCUUUUCUAAUUACCGUGAGACUCACACAGCAAAUGAACGUCGCCGUCGUAAGGAAAUGAGGGGACUCUUUGAAAAACUGAAGGCUACUUUAGGAUUGCAGAGUCUCCCUAAAGUUUCCAAGUGCUUCAUCCUCAAACAAGCCUUUGAAGAGAUCCAGGGGUUAACAGAUCAAGCAGAUAAACUCUCAGGUCAGAAAAACUUGCUGACGCGCAAGCAGGACACCUUGAUUCGUAAAGUAUCUGCACUUUCAGGCAAGACGCAGGAAGUAGUCUUGAAGAAGUUAGAAUACAUUUAUGCAAAACAGAAAGCAGUUGAAGCACAAAAAAAGAAGCAGGAGGAGCAAACAGAACCUAUGAAGAAAGCUAAUACUGUAGAAUCAGCUAUUCCUACAGUGGAAGACAAUCCCUCUCCUCUCUUCAAAGAGAUGAAACCAACAACCUUGUCCAACAAGCGUACAAAACCACUGAUACUUUCCAGGAAAGGAAGCCGUGACCUAGGGGACACAUUCUCUCCCAUGACAUUAACUAAUGCUAGCCUAGUAAUGACUACAAAUGGCCAGGUCCUUGCAUUCAAGAAUCCCCUGGUACAAAGAGAGGUGACUGCCUUGCCUUCCACGCUCCUCCAAGCUGAACUCAAAUCAGAAGCUGACAGCAGUAAAGGGACAACACAGCCAGGUAUUGCUUCUGUGAUGAUUCAGUUGACUGGCUCGGCAGUACCAGUGGAAGUGAAAGGCAUCCUCCCUAACUCUACAGUUCCCAUUACCUUGUCUGCUGUGCCUAGUAGCUCUAGCUCUCCAGUUGUAGAAACCGCUCCAGAGCUCAUUUCAGAAAACGAAGACUCAUUCAUGAUGCCAAGGAUAGUAAAUGUGACAUCACUGGCCACUAAAGACGAUACAAAUUUAAACUUGGAUAUAAAUACAAAUUCUUAUGUUACCCUGGAUACUGAUUCCCAGACAUCUGAGCCUUCCUUGCAAGUACUAUCGCAGGAUACAACCAAUCUUCAGUCUGAAGAAAAAGCAGAACCUUCUUCUGCAAAAAAAAGUGAUGCUACUGGAACUGUGCAUGAUUUUCUUCAUGAAAAAGAGAGUUUUCCACAGAUACUAAAUGUCUCCAGUUUGACGGGUUCCCCAGAAUCCUUUGCAACAAAACUCUGCAUUGAGGAGUUAGCCAGAAAUCAAGCAAGGUUAAAACAGAGGGACAAGGGAGGUGAUGGACAAAAGUCAAAGGUUUCAGCAUUUCAAAAGCUGCAAGUUAAUGAACCCAAGGACUCUGGGAUUGAAAUGGAGCUGCAAAAAGUAGCUUCUGCAAUCCAUGAACCAGCACUGGAUGCAAGUGAUUUAAUGGACAUAGAGGAGAAUGAUGACACAGAUGAAACUCUCACCUCACUUCUGAAUGAAAUUGCAUUUCUCAAUCAGCAGUUGAAUGAUGAUGCCUCAGACAUAUCGGAACUUCCCAACUCCCUAAGCUCUGGCUUUUCUCUAGGAGAUCUGGAAAGUCGCAAGGAAUCCACCACUGCAGAAGGCUCUCCCUUUCAGUUUGGUGUAAUGGGUGGGAGCUUUAAGGAUCUUUCUGUAGUUCAAGACAGCAGUGAUUCCAUAGCUCCGCUCUUGCUUCAUUUGGAUGAUGAUGAUCUACCUGAUGAUAACAAGAACUCAGGAGAGCUUUCAUCUGAAUCUGAUGCUUUAAAAAUCAUGCUAGGCUCUGACCCAAAUCCUGAUUGUUCAACAGUCAAGGACCCAAAUCCUGAUUGCUCAGCAGUAAAAAGUGGUGGAAGUGGAAAAAACAUGCAGUCUCUGGCAAAGGCAAGAAGUGUGUCACCUCCCAUUCUACAGAUGAAAACUAACCUAGAAGCUGGCAAAACUGACAUAGCAUGGAGGCCCAUGCCCAAACUGGCACCACUUGGAUUAAAAGCUGCUAACUUACCAUUAGAGGCAGAAGGACAGAACACCAAGGUGAUGCCUUCAUUGGCACCUGUUGCUGCAAAGGAAAUAAAAACUGCACAGCCAGUGACUAGUCCAAGUCAAGAGAGUAAAGUGUUGAUCACAUUAGCACCUGUUACUGCAGAAUCAAAAUAGUAUUGUAG